AUCAAUCACCUAAAUUCUGUAUACCGAGUCUUCAGAAACUAAUCGACUGAUAUUAAUGGACUGACCGAUGUCCAUGGACCGACUGAUGACGAUGGACUGGCUGAUGUUCUUGGACUUACUGAUGUCCAUGGACCGACUGCUGACGAUGGACCGGUUGUCGGUGAAUUACUCUAUGUGGACCUGCCUGGGAUUCAGUUCGCAAACAUUCCUUUAGAUAGCGCUAGGUGUAUUUACGAUGGGCGUGGCUUAGAGACAAGGGGCGCGGCCCAAAAAUAGGGCCGUGCAACUAAUUUAAGAGGCCUGUACCCACGCAGGGUCGACGCAAAUGAAACAUAAUUCAAAAAAUCCUUGAAUGAUAGGGAGAUCAACCGGUUGCUCGCAUAUUUUAGAAGGAUUCUUCCAUGCAGCAGCAAACGAUGCGCAACGUAGGACGUUUUGUACCUAUCUACAGAUAAUAUAAUAAGUUAUUUUCCUAAUUAGUAUUUAUCAAAUCAGUCUUAUUCUGCUGUGCUUAGGUAAAAGGCAAUAAAGUUGAUUCACUAUAAUACUAUUAUUACUAUUUUCUACAUUCCGACUAUAAUAGUGCGAAGCAAUGACUCUCGGCAAGGUCCUGAAUUCGUCCCUAACGUCAGCGGCAUGGGCCGGUCAACGAGGCCCUAUCCUCUUUGGGGCCGGCCCUGGCAGUAAAAUCCUUUGCACCCAGUGCCGUUCCAGUGCUUAUUGAAAUUCUAAAAUGGCCAGAAGAUGGCCAUUGUCUAGGGUCAUGAAUCAGUGAUUAUCUUUGGUGAUUAUAGAGUACCGCCCAAGGGCAGUCCCGCUAACUUACUUGUCAAUCUGUGGGUCAAAGCAUUAGUUAAAGCAUCUGUACCACCUCGCCACUAAUCUCUACCCUUAAUCUACCGUUGAAAGUAGAUAGUACUACGUGCCUUUUGUCUUCUUUAGUCUCAUCUAUUAUCUGAUCUCUAUGUGAGUUUUGCAAGAGUAGCGUUAUCUACAUCCUUAUCUGAAAUUCAACAAGAACCAAAGAUAAAUGAUUGUAUCAUACGCUAUUGUCCGUGCACAACGUUGUUUGGUUCGACUGUAGUGCAAGUUAGAAUUACACCAUAGAUUUCAUUGCCGCUGGAAAAUCUUAUACAUCAACACCUUGAACAUCACUUUCAAACUUUGCACUUUUUCUUGCACACUUGCCCCUGUUAAACGUCUCACAAUGGACAAUUUUUCAACGCAAAGAUACAGCGCAACUAAAAUGGAAAGCUUUGAGUCGUGCAUGAUAAGUGCUCAAAACCAGCAGCCAGAAAUGGUUCAAUCAGUUACCGAACAGAUACAACAGCAGUCAUCGCAAAUCGAAUCAGAAGAAAGCCACAACGGUAUGCAUUCCCAACACCAGCAGAACCAGCAGUCAACUACACCUUUGAUACAAAUACAGCCUAGUACUCAGCUCAACUCCACUCUGACCCCGGUUCGUCUACCGGCAAUACUGGAUGGAGAAUUUUUCACUGUAAUUAGAGUUCAGGAAACAAACGUAACUGUCAGGUGCCUUCAAUGUCAGAAACUACUCAAUGGAAACCUUAAGUCAACUGGCAAUUUUCUUAGUCAUGUCAAAAGAGUGCAUCCAUUUCUGAUUGAAAAGAUAAAGACAAAGUCUAACCAAAGAAAACCAGCCACUGUUUACAUCGAUAUGACAGCUGAUUCGUGUCCAGAAAUAGUCAGGACUAAACGAGGGUAUAGGAAAUGCUACAAAAGCGAGAAAUAUCCCCCCGGAACAGACGAGGCUUGCGAUCAGCCGAUCGAAUGGUCGGAAUCUCCGAUAUCACGAAGGCGUAGAUCGGAAGAGCCAAAUGAUUCGAGCGAAAUUCUAAAGUUGUCUCAUAAUAAUUCCUUCGUUGUUGAGGACGAGUUCGAUGCCAUCGGUCGUAAUGUUGCCGCAAAACUGCGUAAUAUGCGACUUGAUCAGAGGAUAAUUAGCGAAAAACUGUUAAACGACAUCCUAUUCGAAGCACAACUUGGCAAUUUGCACAGAGAUUCGAGUAUUCACAUAUGAACGAUUCUUCACAAGUCCUUAUUUUGUACACGCAUCGUUGUAUAUAUCUAAUUUUAAUUACCUACUUUGUGGAAAGUAAUUACGGUCCAUCAGUCCAACUGACAUUCACUGGAAAUCCCUCCGAUUUAUAGCCGUAGACGAGUGUUGAAAAAUGAAGAUCUUGGGACUGCUUUGGUAAUGCGUUUAGUGUACAUAAAAAUAGUAUAAGUAUGUGUUGACAUUUAGGCAUAGCCCUACAACGGUAACCGUGUACAUAACACGCAGUAUUGUAAAUACUAUCGAUACAUGUAGAGGUAUUAUUUUAUUGAAAUGUUUGCCAAUAACGUGUAUACAAACUAGAACGCUACCAGAUGUAACUGAUGUUUGGAAGGUGGUCAAACUUAACAACUGCUGGUUAAAUUCAAAUCAAUAUGCGAAUCAGGCUCCGAUACAUUUCAAGAUGUUGCGUAUUGAUUAUUAUUGAAUAAAUGAAUAGUUGAUGGAUAA